GGGGCGGCGGGCGCAGGAUGCGGGCGGCCAUUGCUGGGGCUCCGCCGCGGGGAGGAGGACGCUGAGAGGCGCCGGGCCGCGCAGCCGGGAGCGCGGGCGACGCGGGUCCAUGGCUAGGACCACCAGCCAGCUGUAUGACGCAGUCCCCAUUCAGUCCAGCGUGGUGUUAUGCUCCUGCCCGUCCCCAUCAAUGGUGAGGACCCAGACUGAGCCCGGCGCGGCCCCUGGUGUUCCCGGCGGCGGAGGCAGGCAGGGCCCCGCCAUGGACGGCACAGCAGCCGAGGCCCGGGGCUCCAGCUCCCUGCAGCACACGGCGGCACAGCCCCCGCCGCAGCCUCGGAAGAAACGGCCUGAGGACUUCAAGUUUGGGAAGAUUCUGGGGGAAGGCUCGUUUUCAACGGUGGUCCUGGCCCGAGAACUGGCGACCUCCAGGGAGUAUGCUAUUAAAAUUCUAGAGAAACGCCACAUUAUCAAAGAGAACAAGGUCCCUUAUGUCACCAGAGAGCGUGACGUGAUGUCUCGCCUAGACCACCCCUUCUUUGUGAAGCUGUACUUCACUUUCCAGGAUGAUGAGAAGCUCUACUUUGGCCUCAGCUAUGCCAAAAAUGGAGAGCUGCUGAAAUACAUCCGGAAGAUUGGCUCCUUUGAUGAGACGUGCACCCGAUUCUACACGGCCGAGCUGGUGUCCGCGCUCGAGUACCUGCACGGCAAGGGCGUCAUCCACAGGGAUCUGAAACCAGAGAACAUCUUGUUAAAUGAAGACAUGCACAUUCAGAUCACAGACUUCGGGACAGCCAAGGUGCUAUUGCCUGAGAGCAAGCAAGCCAGGGCCAACUCGUUUGUGGGAACAGCCCAGUACGUGUCUCCAGAGCUGCUCACUGAGAAGUCGGCCUGUAAGAGCUCGGACCUCUGGGCCCUUGGCUGCAUCAUCUACCAGCUGGUGGCCGGACUGCCGCCCUUCAGAGCCGGAAAUGAAUACCUUAUAUUUCAGAAGAUCAUUAAGUUGGAAUAUGACUUUCCUGAAAAAUUCUUCCCUAAGGCGAGAGACCUCGUGGAAAAACUUCUGGUCUUGGACGCCACCAAGCGAUUGGGCUGUGAGGAGAUGGGAGGGUACAGCCCCCUGAAGGCCCACCCGUUUUUUGAGUCCAUCACGUGGGAGAACCUGCAGCACCAGACGCCGCCGAAGCUCACAGCCUACUUGCCCGCCAUGUCAGAGGACGACGAGGACUGCUACGGGAACUACGACAAUCUCCUGAGCCAGUUCGGCUGCAUGCAGGUGUCCGCGUCGUCCUCCUCACACUCUCUGUCAUGCACGGACACGGGCCUGCCACACAGGGCCGGCAGCAACAUCGAGCAGUACAUCCACGACCUGGACAGCAACUCCUUCGAGCUGGACCUGCAGUUCUCCGAAGAUGAGAAGCGCUUGCUCCUGGAGAAGCAGGCCAGCGGAAACCCCUGGCACCAGUUUGUAGAAAAUAACCUGAUUCUAAAAAUGGGUCCAGUGGACAAGCGGAAGGGCCUGUUUGCACGCCGCCGCCAGCUGCUACUCACGGAAGGGCCACACCUGUACUACGUGGACCCUGUCAACAAAGUGCUCAAAGGCGAGAUCCCGUGGUCACAGGAGCUCCGGCCGGAGGCAAAGAACUUCAAGACCUUUUUUGUCCACACGCCCAACAGGACGUACUACCUGAUGGACCCGAGCGGCAACGCUCACAAGUGGUGCCGGAAGAUCCAGGAGGUGUGGAGGCACAGAUACCAGAGUCCCGCGGCUGCCGUGCAGUGAUGCGCCCGGGCCGCCGCGCCCACUCGGGACCCGUGCCCAGCACGGCCCGGCCACCUCGGGACGCUUCCGCCCGCCCGCCAGCCACCUCAAGGGGCCGCGGAUAGCAGACCACACAGCUUUUGUAUUUAAAGAAAAGAAAAAACCACCCCCCACACCAAGAACAAAACCAGUACCGUAAAGGAAUCCAGGGUCGCUUUGCUUGCUCUCUGUGCUCCAUGGAGGCUCCCAGCUCGGCCCCAGCUCACCACUGACUGGCUCUGCCCUUAGAGCAUCACACCGAGGGGUGGCCCAGCCCUGCGCGGGCUGGUCCUUGGCUUCUGUCCUGCAGUGAUGGCGGGCCUGCUUGUACAAGGCUCUGUCUGCGAGUGCCCAUGUGUCUUACCUGUGGGCGGCUCUGGGGGUGAGGGGUGGGGUCCGGCCAAGGUGACAGGCAGCAGGCCGGCAGACUCAGUGCCCAGGGACACAGCCGCCUGCACGAGAGCCAGGGAUACCUGAGGGCCCCCGCGGGCCCCCUGCGCUGAGCCGGCUGACGGACACCCCUAUGCAGCAGCAGAGCGCGAGGUGCCCGCCAUAGCCCAGUGGCAGAGGGUGCGGUGGGCCUCCCCCACCAUCUCUGUAGAAACCCAAACGCCUUCUCGAGCAUCUGCUCCCUGGCCCGUAGGCUGGACUUCUCUGUGGAGGGGGCAGCACCAUGCCACACAAGGCCCUGAGCUCGAGGCUCAUUGCUUUUCUGCUUCAGUGAGAGAGGCCUGUGGGCCUGGCUCUCGCCACCACAGGUCCCACUGGGGAGGAGCAGGCAGAGGCUCAGCUACUUCUAGUUGACUUUCCAGACUCCAGACAGGCCCCUCCAGUGUCAGUCAGCACCGGCUCAGGGGUGGGGAAGGGGCUGAGGGCAGCUCUUCUGAAUCUGGGGACCACCCGGCUGCAGGGAGAGCAGGCUGGCUGGGGCAGAGCCCCUCCUCCACGGGAGACUUGCCUGGACUCAGCUGCUGCUUAGAUUGGGCUGGCUUACCCUUUUCUUUCAGGGGUCCAUUCCUGCCCACUCCCCCUAUUUAUCUUUACCCUCCUUGAACCCCUGUGGGUAAAAGAGGCGGAACCAGCUCCCACUUGCUCCCUCCCAGGGACGGGCAGACGAGCAGAGCUGAUGCUCGGCCCAGCUGCUCAGGAGAAACCCUCUGGAUGGCACCACUACCUCCUGGCUCUACCGCCAAGUGCCACCGGCACAUCCCUAGCCAGAGAAAGGGGCUCAGGGUGGCGCUCACGGCGAGCUUUCGGGCCACCGGCCCAGGCCCUCUUUGUAGAUUCCUUUCUCUGCUGCUUGGAGCCUCCCAUUCCCCGUCUGUCCUUCCCCCAACCUGUGCUCAUGUCUCCGUAAGUUUUCUCCCACUCAGCCUCAGCGUUGUCCUUCAGACCUUGCAUAGCUGGGAUCGAAAACGAGAAUGCCCCGUCUAGACCUGCCUCCCCACUGGGCCUUGUGGGGGCGCCCUUAAGGGCCUUGUGGAUAACAGCUCGCCGUGUCUGCCCGCAUGCUCUGCCACCAUAGGUGGUGGAACUGUGCCUGUGGGGACAGUGGGUCCUGUGGCAAGAGAUGUCCAGACCACCCCCCCCUCCUCCUGUGUGCCGCAGAUUCCCCAGGGCAGGGCUGAGGCAGGCCUCUGGGUGGGUGCCCUUUCUUAAAACCAACAUUUAUUUUCUGAAUAAGUCAGCUGUGGCUCGCACCAAGAGCAGACUGCUGUGAACGCUUUGGUGUUGGCCUUCCUGGACCUCACUCCCUAUCUUUGGUUGGUUGGUUUUCUACUUUUUCCUCUUUCAUUUUUUUUUCUUUUUUUCUUUUUUUUUUUUAAUCAUCAGAGCACUGCUCAGCUGUGGUUUAUGGUGGUGUGGGGGACUGAACCUGGGACCUUGUUGCCUCAGGCAAGAGAAUCUUUACAGAACCAUUGUGCUGUCUCCCCCCACCCCAUCGUUUUUCUUUUAAACUAAACUGGGAACAUACAUCCGCUGCUGCUAGCAUUCGACUCUUUCUCAUCUGCUAUUUAAUCUGAAGCAUUUCCCAGCUUAUCAACAAUGAUUUAAAACGUUGUUUUUAGUAGUUUAGCGGUUAUAUGUUCUAUUUAUCUGACCGUUUCUCUGUUGUGAAACAUUUAGAUGGCUUCCGGUUUUUCACUCUUUAAAUAAUGCUGUGAUGAAUAUCUUUCUAAAUCUUUGAUUUUUGACUCUGAUCUCUCCCCUUUUCUCAGAAUUAGUAUUUUUGGGUCAAAAAGUAUGUUCAUCUUACAGGUGAUAUUAUUCUUUUGUCUUCUGCCUUGGCCUGAGACGCCAUGUGUCCAGACUCCCAGCACAGAGCACCUCCUGAGUGGUGCCCUCAGAGUGCAGACAGAUCAAGCUCUAAUAAGCUCUGUGUUCCAAAGAGUGAACAAGACACCCACCUCUCUCUCUCCCCCCUCUCCCUCCUUCCCUCCCUCCCUCUCCUUCCCCACCUCUCUCUCCCUCACCUCCCCAUGCUAAAAAUGUCAUGACUGCAAAUCCAUUUGUGACCGGUUUUCCCAAAAGCCAGUCUCUUUUAUUUGCGUUGAGAGGCUGGCUGUGCCCGCAUGUCUGCUGACUCUCAUCCCCGCAGCUGUGGCUUUGCGUGCUUGGUGAGAUCUUCAGAAUUGUGUACUUUGUGUCUACAAUGGUACUGAAUUUGCAUCUGCAGUCAGUAGAGAUCAGAAGUGUUGCACUGACCUUGCCACGUGCUCAGUGACUUAGGUGUACAGACUGAAAGGGCACUGAGCCAUCUGGAGUCAGUGAGGGGGCAGGGGCUCUGCUCGUGAGAACAGCCACGUGGUGGGUGGACUUCCCCAGACAGCAUCCCAGGACUCCUCCCUCAUAAUUUUGUCACUUUAGUUUGGGGUCUGUCUACCUGAGGGAGAACAUGAGGUUCUCUAGGUGCCAUUCUCAGUGCCACUGUACCCCCAGAGGUCACGGUCCAGUUGUGCACUCAGGUCUCCUGCUCCCAUCUGACACCCUGAAGCUCCCUGCUCGCUCACACCAAGGGGCUCUCUGUCUUGGCCUGAGAGGCUGCCAGGCUGCUUUUCAUGCUGUUUCAUCCCCACCCCUGCCGCGGUAACUCAGCAAGUGCAGCUGCAGGGCAGUGCCCUCCAUCAGGGCCGGAGUGGCUCCCGGACCGGCGGGCUGUCAGGCAGACGCAGAGAGCUGGUUCUGGGGAGGGUGCUGUGGCGGGAACUAGCAGGAGAUCCAGCUUGUGUGUGCAUUUCCCUCAACUCAUUUCUUCAAUGUGAAGAAACACCAAACUAUGUAGAGUUUUUACAAGAUGCAAUUUUUUUUUUUUUUAAAGUUAUGUGAUCACCCCCGGCAAGCCCAUCUGGCUUAGUAGCUACGAACAGGGUCACUGGUCACAAGCCUCCAUCAUGGUCCUAAGUCUAAGUUGGACAUUUGGCUAAGUGACAGUUCUGCAGCAUUCAGAGCUGCUGUAGCUGUCCUUCAGGUUGGUGGCAGUCAGAACACGUGUCAUAUUUUCUCCUGGUCUGUAGCUGUAACUGUGACGUACAGGCAAAGCAAACAUUUAAAUAAACUUAUGAAAACAAUGCAAUGAUAUUAGGAUAUACACUUUUGUAUUUUUAUUCUUAUAUAAGGUUAUUUGCUGGCUAUUGUUGGCCUCUAGUUCAGUCUGUGUUAUUUAAAAUCUAAUAUAUGAUGAAUUAUUUGGGUUGAAUUCAUGUUCGGGGCCACGAUGUUGUAUGUAUUGCUGUACAGCCUUGAAUGUGAAUAAUUAUUGUAAACUAUAUUUUACAACUUUUUUUCUGGCUUUAUUAUAUAAAAUUUUCUAUUUGGUCAAUGAUUUAAUCAUAUAAUUUAAUGAACCUGUUGAUUCUUUUUUUUUUUUAAGUAUUUGUGCUGUAGACAUAGUCACGAAUGAUGAAUUUUCCACGUAUGCUCGGUAGUCCUGUAAUAAAAGCAUGUAGCGAG